AUGGAGCCCUUGAGCGGUGAGGAUCUAGCCGAGACUUCUGCGAAAUCUUCUACGGAAGUGGAACCGUCAAGUUCGGCAUCAAAGACUACGCAGUCCAUGGAAGACUCCGAUGAUCAUCAUAUGUGCCGCGUGUGUAGGGGUGAAGAUGGUCAUCUGUACUACCCAUGUCUUUGUACCGGCAGUAUAAAGUAUGUCCAUCAGGAGUGCCUCACCGAAUGGUUGAAGUACAGUAAAAAAGAAGUCUGCGAACUUUGCAAUUACAAGUAUUCUUUCCAACCCAUAUAUCGGCAUGAUAUGCCCAAAGCUCUACCGCUUGUAGAAAUACUCAAAGGAGUUGUGGUGAAUGCGGCAGUAAUGUUGCGGACAUGGCUGGUUUACACAAUGGUACUGGUAUCAUGGCUUGGUAUAGUUCCGUUAACUGCUGCGAGAAUAUACCACGCAGUGUUCUAUCUUUCCAUGCAAGAGAUUCUCGUUCUUCCUCUCAGCAUAUUUCGAACAGAACACAUCUUUCCUGAUGUUUUCAAGGGUUGCUUUUUGCUGAUAAUUUUUAUUUGUACGUUCAUUUCUCUGGUUUGGCUCCGAGAACAGAUCAUUCACGGUGGACCUCAUGAUUUCUUGAACAUAGAGCAAGCGGACGCCAUCCCGAAUGGCGUGGUGGAUCAAGAGCUGCAAGAGAAUCACGGUGAAAGAGUUGUCAACGCGGGCGAACAGGAUGAAGUCGACGUAGAUCAUUUACAACCUCAACCUGCAGCUGCGCAGCCGGGUGUAGAAAUACCAGCGGAAGAUAACUGGAGAGACCUAGACAGGCUGGGAGACGAGCUAACAUGGCAAAGGCUACUUGGAUUAGACGGUUCACUCGUUUUCUUGGAACGUGUUGUUUGGGUGAUAUCGUUGGACACGCUGUUUACCAUCAUGUUUGCAUAUGCGCCUUACAAGCUGGGAUAUUUCAUCUUGAGCAAGAAGCUAUUUUCUGCUUCACUAUCUUCAAGAGCUGCCUCCUUCGCAGCUUCACCAACAUCGUCUGUGUUCAUCCACUGGAUGAUCGGAAUGGUGUACGUCUUUUACUUCGCGUCGUUUGUACUUCUGCUUCGUGAAGUUUUAAGACCGGGCGUGUUAUGGUUUAUGAGGAAUCUAAAUGAUCCUGAAUUCAAUCCGAUUCAAGAAAUGAUAGAACUGCCGGUGACUCGUCAUCUGCGCCGUCUUGUUGCUUCAACAUCGCUAUGCUUUACAACGAUUUUCCUCAUCGUUUACGUUCCCCUAUGUAUUGUGCAAAAGCUGUAUCCGUCUUUGCUCCCGUAUAAUAUGAGCUUGUCCGCUGACACACCAUUGAGCGAGCUCUCUUUAGAGCUUCUGAUACUUCAGGUAGUGCUUCCAGCUCUUCUUGAACAAACUCAGGCUCGAUUUCUGCUAAAAGCGAUUGUGCUGUGGUGGUGCGUGCACAUCGGUCGAGCCCUUAGUCUUGACAGAUAUCUCCUACCCGACUUACCGAAUGCUGAGCAACCAGCAGAUGGAGCAGGUGUGCAAGGAGCAGGUGGUCUUGCUGCCGAACAUCAGGCUCUUCUUCUACUUCGUGAGCCACAGGCUUUUCAGCCCUAUACACGUCCCCGGCUUUUCCCACUCCGUAUAUUGGUUCUUUUGGGUGCCAUGGCUCUCACAUGCUGCUUUACUAGUUGUGUGCUGUUCUUGGUCCCAGUCACGGUUGGACGGACCAUUAUACACAACGUUACUGGAUAUACAAAUGUUCACGAACUAUACACCGUGGGCACAGGCCUGUACAUAUGCUGGAUGCUUGUGAAAACGGGUCUUCUUUCCCUCCACUGGUUUCAUUUGGGCGUUCACCACCUCAAGGAAGCUUUUGUUAAUUCAAUUAAUCUCGUUAGCUCUUCGAUUGCUGGUGAUUUGUAUUCCUAUUGUGUUCGCCAUUCCGAUGUUGAUGGGGACUUAUUUUCAACUCGUGGUUAUUACUCCACUGAGGUUAUCUUUCCAACAGACUUCAUUGACCUUCCUUUGGCAAGACUGGGCUAUGGGAGUAUUGCACAUGAAAAUUGUAUGCGGAGCCGUGAUGAUGGGGCCGGAGUGGUGGAUGCGACAAGCUUCGAUUCUCAGAGAUAUACCCAGAUCCGCCUACGACAUCUUCGAGCCACGUUCAUUCUCGGCGUCAUUAGUUUUACUUGUUCUGUUCUGAAGUCGUUGCUUGCGUUUCCUUAUCUGAUUGCACGAUUCUACAUUUUUGUCACUAAUGCUCCUCUAGAAGAAAGCGUCCUCGUGCUACGUUACUGUUUCCCAAGCAGUUUGAUUCUCCUUCUAGUCGUAAGUUUCCUCAGGUGGCAGCUCAACAAGAUUCAGGGCCUAGCUGAGAACAUUCGGAAUGAAAAAUAUCUUGUUGGAACCCGACUUGUGAAUUACGAACGCAAUGGUUUGUCUCCGGUCCCAACAGAAGCAGCGAUUUCGUCGUAG